AUGGCAGAAAUGCUCCUGAAGGCACAGAAAUACAUGAAUGUUAAAGAUGCUUUAGCAGCCAUAAAGGAUGUAGAGAAGCCAGGAGACAAGGCAAAGAAAGAAGACGAUCGUAGGGGUCAAAAGAGAGAGCGCCCAGAUUGUCGGAACAAUGACGGGAAUAGGAGGAAAGAUGAUAAAGGUCCUUGGACUGUAAGAUUUACUCCUUUGGUUAUGUCUGUUGACAAAAUUUUAACGCAGGUCAAGGACGAGCAUUAUCUCAAAUGGCAAAGACCAUUGCACUCAUCCCCCAAUGUCUGUGACAAGAACAAGUACUGCCGAUUCCACAAAGAUCACGGCCACAACACGGAAGAUUGUAGAGACCUAAAGGAGCAGAUAGAGGAGUUGAUACGGAAAGGGAAACUACAGAAAUAUGUGAAGAAGGGAGAAUAUAGUAAGUUCAGGGACGGUAAUAAGAACCAACAUGGGUCCUCUUCCCGGGAUGACGACCACCCGUCCCAACCUCCGCAGGAUGUGAUCGGGGAGAUAAAGACGAUUACAGGAGGACCAUUCUCAGGAGGAUCAUUUAAAUCCCUCAAGAAAGCAUACCAGAGGCAAGUAAAUAGUGUCCACACCAUACCUCCGUCUAAGCAACGACGGACAGACCGGGACAUGUCCUUCAAUGAAGGAGACGCUAGGGGAGUGAAGCAGCUCCACAAUGAUCCUUCGGUCAUAAUGCUGAAUAUAGAGGGAUUUAAUACCAAGAGGAUCCUCGUGGACAACAGUAGCUCCACAAACAUCAUCUACCUCCUUGCCUUCCAGCAGCUGAGGCUAGAUCCAAAGAGACUGCGCCCAUUUGACUCUCCCCUUGUCAGCUUCAGCGGAGAUAGGGUAUACCCCAAGGGCAUAGUGACGUUAACAGUGACGGUGGGGGCCUACCCGGUGCAGUUGACCCGUCAAUUAGACUUCCUAGUGAUGGACUACCCCUCAUCCUACAAUGUCAUCAUUGGCAGGCCCACACUCAACAAAUGGAAAGCGGCCACGUCCACCUACUGUUUGAAGGUGAAAUUCCCAACAGAUAACAGUGUCAGUGAAGUAAAAGGAGAUCAAGUCCUGGUCAGAGAGUGUUAUUAA